AUAACCGAGAAGGAGUCCAGUAAAGUUCAAGUAAAUAAAUACAAAUAUUGUAGAAAUGGGGACACCCAAAAAAGGUGUCGAUUUUAUAAAAGCUAUAUCGAGCAUAAUAUCUAAAUCAACCGGGUUCGAAAGCACUUUGAAAAAGGUUCAAAUAAUCGACGGAGCUGACGGUAAAUGCACUGCGGAAUUCAAGGUAGCUCCUGAACAUCUCAAUCGUGGUGGAACUUUACAUGGCGGCUUCACAGCUACAAUCGUGGAUAUGGUGACCACGUACGCUUUAAUGUCAAAGCCUUGUAAUCCCGGUGUAUCAGUUGAUUUACAUGUCACUUACUUAAAAGCUGCUAAAGAAGGAGACACAAUACUAGUUUCUGCAAAUACAAUAAGAGCGGGCAAAAAACUAGCUUUUAUUGAAUGCGUUUUAAUGCAGAAAAGUGACGGAGCCAUUGUAGCCAAAGGAGGUCAAACGAAAUUUGUGGAAUCUCUGUAGUACUAAUACUUAACUAAAACUUUUGGAGUCGCUGGAUGGUUAAAUAAAAGUCACUAAUUUUUAGUAUAA